GUUUCUUUUGGGCACUGACACCCCCUUUCUCCUUCUUCCUCCCCGUCGCGGCAAGAAAAUGGGAAGCAGAAGCCUCCGCGCAGCUUCAAUCCAAGAUACCAUCACUUCGAUCCACGAAAAUUUCAAGUCUCUGUUUCAUAAUGGAUCUCAAAAUCACUCCUUUAUCACAUUCAUACCUUCCCCAAAACACUCUCGGUUUUCUGUUCGUUGUGCUGUUCGGUUCCGGCCUUGUAUUGAUAUUCACAGAGGGAAAGUGAAACAAAUUGUUGGGUCGACUUUAAGGGACUCAAAGGAUGAUGAAUCAGUUCUUGUGACGAAUUUUGAGUCAGAUAAGUUGGCAGCUGAGUUCGCAAGUUUAUAUAGAGAAGACGGACUUGUGGGUGGUCAUGUAAUCAUGCUUGGAGCCGACCCUUUAAGCAAAGCUGCAGCAAUUGAAGCAUUACAUGCCUAUCCUGGUGGCCUGCAAAUUGGAGGUGGGAUCAACUCGGACAAUUCUUUGAGUUACAUAGAGGAAGGAGCCAGCCAUGUUAUUGUCACUUCAUAUGUAUUUAACAAUGGGCGAAUGGAUCUAGAAAGGCUUAAAGAUCUCGUCCGUGUUGUUGGAAAGCAGAGACUAGUGUUGGACCUUAGCUGCAGAAAGAAGGAAGGCAAAUAUGCAAUUGUCACUGAUAGAUGGCAAAAUUUCACUGAUGUAUACCUUGAUGAGGAAGUGUUGGGAUUUCUUGCUAGCUAUUCGGAUGAGUUUCUGGUUCAUGGUGUCGAUGUGGAAGGCAAAAAGCUGGGAAUUGAUGAAGAGCUUGUGGCAUUACUUGGUAGAUACUGUCCGAUCCCAGUAACUUAUGCUGGUGGUGUCACGGCGGUUGAAGAUUUGCAUAGAAUCAAAGUGGCAGGGUUGGGGCGUGUGGAUGUUACAGUGGGAAGUGCCCUGGAUAUAUUUGGCGGCAAUCUGGGAUACAAAGAUGUAGUUGCUUGGCAUAUCCAGCAGGAAGCAUUGACAGUUUAGUGCCUUAAUUUUCUUCUACGUGGAUGCAGUGGUUGGAUGUGCAUUGUAUAAGCACCGGUUUCUUUCUUUUGUUUGUUUAUUUUUGUACGAAUCUAGUUUUGUGGGGGAUUUAAAGGAGUAUCUCCAUCAGACUUCCAGAGAGAACAGAUGAAAGACAGUUAUGUAACUUAAAUCAAGGUAAUUUUAACUG